AAUGAUCUGGAGUAUCAGUUUUGUUUUAUUCUAGAUUAUCAAAAGGAUUUCAUAUAUCCUUGAGCUGGAAAAAGUCUUUAAAAUUUUAAGAGAGAAAUCUUUAAUAAGUAAAAGAUGGGAAAGUCAAAAAAAAAUAAACAAAAAUUGAGCCACAUUAUGAUUCGUUUAUAGAAGAAGAGAAUAUAGGAUGAAAAAAUUUAAACUAAGAUACGUUCUCAUCAAAUCAAAAUAACUUAGUUAAGUUAAAAAGAAUCAAUUUACAAUGUUUAAUGGGAGGCAUCAAUAUUUAAAAAAUAUAGAAUAGAUAAUGAGAAAAUGCUUUAUUAUUAUUCAUUAAAAAAGUAAUUUUUUUGUUUUUGGAUGAAACAAUAAUGGGUUAUGCAGGCAAAGUGUUUGAGGUUUGGAAAUAUAAAUAGUAUUUUUGAUGAGAGUCUUAAAAAAAUUCUUAUCUUCCAAAGACUAUUUUGUAAGGCAUUCUAUAACAUUAAUGACUCCAAAGAAAUUAUAGUCAAGAAAGAAUUUCGUCAAUACUUCAUGCUCCUACUAAAAAGCUAAUGUAAACCUUUUUUUGCUGAGUGCAGCCUAAACAAAGAGUCUAACUGAAGAUAAUGUGGUAAUCAAAAAAGUUAUCACUCCAAAAAUUAUAUAGUAAUUUGAAAGCUAUUCUUAGGCUAUGUUGGAUCAAAUGGAUUUCUUAAUUAUGAA